GAGAAGGUGGGGGUAGAAACCCUGAGGACCGAGCGGACACGGAAGAGGCAAAAAGUAUCUGUUGGAGAUUGUGCCAAAAGAAAGGACGGAGAGCUUUCCACUUAUUGGAGCUUCUGUGGAAUUUUCCAACCCCGGGACUGGGGUAGUCAGAAACCUCCAGCUCCACACGUACCCCACCCAAGGGGGUGGCAAGGACAGGGACAGGAGUUUGCAGUUUUGACCUAGCUUCGAGAUUCUCUCAUUGCUGCUGGGAGUGGUUUCCAAAAUUUCUGCUGCCCACCCCCUCCCCGCCCCCACGGCUGCAGGAUUUCCCUGGAGCCUGAAGCAGCAGCGCCUGUGGGGUUGUUUGAGAGGGCUGCUGCGAUAGAAAGGACAUUGUUAGCGGGCUUGGCCAUAACCUGAGUCAGAGCUUCGGCAACUCGGCUGGCACAGGGUCGGAACACAUUGGUCCACGGGACCCGGCUUCCUCAAGUUGGAAGAGGACGGCAAUGGGGAGCCGCUGACCCUCGGAGUAACGAGGCUUGGAUGGGACUGAACACAAGCUGUGGGACAGAAUUUUUGACCGCAUCCAAAUGUGCGAACAUGGACUUUUCAAAAGACCAAGCCUCGUGCAACCUCUAGAAGUGUCUCCAGUCUGUGGAUGCUAGAUUGUGUGGGUAAUUGAAUGUCAGGCAGCCAUGAAUGGUGAUGAGAAGGUGUUUCCUCCUCCUCAAAAAGCAUCCACUUUGACAAGAAGCAGCAGCAAUGCCUCAUCAAGACCCACCAACACACGUCAGAAUUCCGAGAACUGGGAAGUGAUGGAGGAGCCACUUGGCAACAGCCACGCAUCCCUGGAUCUGGAGAGACAAGAGGGAUACCUGCUGAAGAAGAGGAAAUGGCCUCUGAAAGGCUGGCACAAGAGGUAUUUUAUUUUGGAAAAAGGCGUUCUGAAGUACGCCAAGACUCAGCAAGAUAUACUGAGAGGGAAGCUCCGUGGCUCAAUCAACAUUGGCCUCUCGGUAAUGUCCAUCAACAAGAAAUCCCAACGCAUUGACUUAGACGCAGAAGAGAACCUCUAUCAUCUAAAGGUGAAAUCUCAGGAGGUCUUCAGCACCUGGGUAUCCAAACUCUGCUAUCACCGACUGUUCCAGAAAGGUGACCCCAUUAAAGUUCCAUAUGGAGCCAACGGAUUUAACUUUUCCAUCCCUCCGACAGCAGAAUUCCUGUCAGCCAGUACUGUUUUACCUCUCUGCACCAAGGCACAGAAAAGAGACCCCUUCAGCGAGGAUAUCAUCAAAGACAAUGAUCAGCUUCCUUCGGUGCCUGUAAGUGGACAGACAAUGUCGUUACCAUGGUUACAGCAGUCUGAAGAAUGGGAUCACUGUGUUAAAGAUCUCAGUGAAUGUCAGUCGAACCUGGGAGAGUUGAAUAAACUGCUGCAGAGGCUGGAGUUGGUGGACAGAGUUCACUCAGCCCCCGUCUUCGGAGACGCUCAGGGUUUCCUCACUGACAAGCCAAAAAAGGAAAAACGGUCCUCCAAAAUAUGGUGCACCCAAAGUUUUGCAAAAGAUGAGACCAAGACCACCGCUGAUGUCAUGCGUUCUGCAAAGUUGCAUGUCUCCACGCCCAGUUUGCCUGACUGCUUGGACUGGAAAAGUGUCUCCGUUCCCAUGACCAUCAAAGAAGAUUAUUUUCAGCUACAGCAGGAUUUCUGUUCUGUAUCGCAGAAAGUUCAUUCAGGUUUGAAGUCCCUCUUCAACACCCUCGCGAUCGAGAGGGAGAAAUUGAAGCAGAUCUGGCGGGAGAAGGAACUGGAGACUACUGCACCAACCAUUCAGAUUACACACCUAAAGAACACCUUAUCUGAGGUCAUGUCUCAGAAUGCUGAUCUCCGAAAUCGUCUGCACCGAAUCCAGUGCCUGUCCAGCUUUACAGAUGUAGUGACUGAUCCACUGACUCCUGUCAAAGCUGAAGAGGUGCCUUGUAACAGAUCGCUGGCUCAACAGCUGUCCUUAGACAGCAACGCAUCACUGUCUGAGUCGCAUGUUGAGUUCUUUGAUGCUGAGGAUGUGUUGCUGUCAGCGUGCUCUUCUGACAACGAGAUGUCAGAUGACGAUGACUCCACUACCAGUGAAAUUACUAACAGCAACUCUGAGGAGAAUCUAGACACUGUGGAAGCAUCCAUUCAGGAACUGACCGACGAUAAAACAAAAGACCCUACAAGCUGCAGGUCUGUGGAUGGGACACAGCGCAGGACGUGUCUGCCAGCUCCAGGCCCGAAUCUGAACCACGUCAGCCUAUGGAACAUCCUGAAGAACAACAUUGGGAAAGACUUGUCUAAGGUCUCCAUGCCGGUCCAGCUAAACGAACCGCUGAACACACUGCAGCGACUCUGUGAGGAGCUUGAAUUCAGUGAGCUGUUGGACACAGCUAGCAGGACAUCAGAUCCCUUUGAACGUAUGAUUUACAUCGCUGCCUUUGCUGUGUCAGGCUAUGCUUCAGCUUAUUACAGAGCGAGGAGCAAGCCAUUCAACCCUGUCCUCGGUGAAACGUAUGAAUGUAUAAGAGAAGAUAAGGGUUUCCGGUUUAUUGGAGAACAGGUAAGCCACCAUCCUCCUGUGUCUGUCUGUCAUGCUGAAUCAGAAAACUUCCUCUUUUGGCAAGAUGUGAGAUGGAAGAAUAAGUUUUGGGGGAAGUCCCUGGAGAUUGUGCCUGUUGGAAUGGUGAAUGUCAGCCUGCCAAAGUUUGGCGAUCACUAUCAGUGGAAUAAGAUCACGUCCUGCAUCCACAACAUCCUGAGUGGGCAGCGAUGGAUAGAACAUUAUGGAGAAGUGACAAUCACCAGCAUAACGAACAGUGUCUGUCAUUGCAGGUUGACAUUUUGUAAGACCAAAUACUGGAAUUCGAAUGUGAAUGAGGUUCACGGCUGUGUGAUGGAUCAGAGUGGAAAGGUCAUCCAUCAACUGUUUGGCAAAUGGCAUGAGGGGCUUUCCUGUGGUGGGCCACAGUCGGCGAAAUGCAUCUGGAAACCACAUGCUAUACCUAAAGAUCAUGAAAGUUAUUAUGGCUUCACCACAUUUGCUCGAGAACUUAAUGAAUUGACUCCUGAUCUUAAGCACGUCCUGCCCUUGACUGACACACGCCUGCGGCCUGACCAGAGGUACCUGGAGGAGGGGAAUACUGAGGCAGCAGAAGUUCACAAGCAAAGAAUUGAGCAGCUCCAAAGAGACAGGAGGAGGAUCAUGGAGGAGAACAACAUGACUUACUUGUCACGCUUCUUUACAAAAACAGUCGAUAGCAGCGGCAAAGAAUCCUGGGUGAGCAAUGGAACCUACUGGGAGCUGAGGAAAGAUCCUGGAUUCUCAAAGCUGGACAAUCCGGUGCUGUGGUGAGAAUGUGGCUACAAACUGUACAUCUGAGGUUUCUGCGCCUCUUUGUGCUUCUGCCCUAGAACCUGCUUCUCUGAAAUACCUCUCAGUAGGUGCCUUAAGUUUUAUAUGAAGAGAGCACAGUUGAGCAGGACACACUGUCUGAGGCAAAGAACAAUGUGCCGGGUGUGGAAAAUGCUCUGUUUCCACCUUAUAGCAAAGCAAGUAGAGUAGGUGUAUCGCCUCCAGUUAUCUCAAACAGUGCAUUAUUUAGAGAAACAAUGCAAGUUUGCUUGCAAUUGCUACAUGACGCCUGUCUCAAUUGUAUCCUGUGCACAUCUGUCCUUGUCUGAACUACAGUGACAUCUUUUUCUUUGAAAACUCCACCUUUCAUAUUCCAUGUAAAGUAGUCUGAUGUUAUACCAAUUCUUCUCUUUAUGACUGAUUUUAGUUUCUAAGAAAAGCACAAACUUUUUUUUUGGAAGAGAUGACUUCAUAUUUAUUGCUGCUCUUGGAAGAGAGAAAUUUUCACUUUGCAAUUAAUGCCUCUACUUUGGAAGAUCUGGUUUACUCACUGCCUUUCAAAAGGUCUUUGCUUGAAGCCAGCUCUCUCCCAUUUUUUUAAAUUGGGUUGAGGUUUAGUCUGGAAUGUGGAAACAGCUUUUAGUCUCACAAGAGGAGCUUUUACAGUCUCCCCACUCUCUUAAUGCUGACAAUACACUUGAACAUUUGGGCAGUGAACCUGCUUCCUCUUCCUAUUCAUCUCCCAUCCCUGUAGACAGGUGAAUUUCAAAUGGUGCACUAUACAACUUUCAAAGUGAGCCUUCGGCUGUUCAGUGUUGUCGUUCUGUUUUAAAGGAUCACUUUUUGUUUCUGUCAGAGGAGUUUGCACUUUUAUGUGAAUGAAGACGUUGGAAAGUGUCAAGCAAUCAAAGUCACAUCAGCUGCAAGGCACUAGUUUUCUAUUACAAAAAUGGGACUUAUUAAAGUUAAUUAUGUGUGCUUUAUUAAUGAUUAUUUUCAAUUUUUCAAAAUACUUGAACAGAAAAUGUUAUUUGAAAUUCCUUUUAAAAGGUAGGGAAAGCAUUGAAAUGGGAUAACACUUUUUAGAAGGCUCCCAAUCUUUCUCACUCAUUGAUUUUUUUUUUUAAAAAAAGGAUCAUUCCAGCAACAAUUUACAUUAGCCAUUUUUUUUUACAUAGAGAGGUGUCUCAGAGCACACUUGGGGGCAGUGCUUAAUCUGGAUAUACUGAGCAAAAGGGAAGAAUCGGAAAGCAGUGAAAACUCAAAAGGAUGGGAAUUAUAGAUACAAUUCUAUUGCCUGAUAAACCAUGAUGGCUCCAGAGGGUACCAGCGUUUGAUACUGAGCAGCAAGGUGUAUUGACUAGAUUUGAUUUCUAGGCUAACCUUUAGGCAUGUGUUUGACACACUUGGACAUCUUGUGAUGCACUAAUGUGGCAUACAUCAAAGUUACAAAAAUAGUCCCUCGUCAGUCCACAAUAUGUUGCCAGCACUGCAGAGCCACGUUCAAGGAAGGCGUCAAAGCAAAGAAUGAGGGUAAAGGGAAUAUAAUUAAAACAAAGUAUGUCUUGAAGGAUGCUUCAGUUACGGUGAAUUUCUCAGCUAACCCUGUGCAAUUGUUGGCACGAGUUUCAUCCUCUGUGCCCGGCUUUCAUAGCACCAACUUGGUUGGUGGCUGGGUGGCCAUCCUAAGAAGUUUAAUUGCUGAGUUGUACAGACGAGUGGGGCUAAUGGCACUCUGCAGUUUUUGGAAUCAGUGGUAACUCCACAGCCAUGACUGGUGCUGCCAUUAGUCGUGGUUUACUUCCUGAGAAAGGGUUUGGAACCUGUAAGUCUCUGUGGUUUCAUCCUCUAAGACAUGUCUAAUGUCCCCUAACUCUGCUAACAUGUUUUCCAAUCAGGUUAUAGCACAGCACAGCUUCUAGAGACCUAUGAAUGAGUAUAUUACAGUGUAGGUGCUUGCUAAAUUGUUGCAAUCUUUGAUGUGGCAACAUUCCCAAGUGGCUUAACAUUUUGCUCUGGCUCCCAAUGAUCAGGAAUUCCUCCUCCACAGAGAAGUUCAUGUGUGGCUAUGAAGAUUCUGGUGUGCAAUGAUAGUUUUCUGGCCUUAACAUUAGGAAAGGCCAGUAGAGAGAGGGAUAGCAAGCGACAGACACUCUCAAAACAUCACCAGAAUAGAUAGCUUGCUCAAAAUCUAAAUAUCAGUGCUACCUGGGACGCCCUGGUUGAAAUUUAGCAGGACCCAUGUGAAAGUUCUCUCACAAUCUUGAUGCUGUCUGAUUAAAUGUGGAUAUUGGGUAAGGCCACAAUGGACAUCAAUCUGCUGAUUAGAUUGGCAAAACUCUAAGCUUUUCUUCACCAAGAUCAGGGUAGAAGGCAUUUAUAGCACACACAGGGUAAAUGGUAAUAGGCCCUGUGAAAUUGACUAUUCUAAACCAGUCUUGUGUGUUACAUCAAGGUCUUCCACAUCUAAAAUACUUCCCAAUAUAUUGAGUGAACAUUUACUGUUAACAAUACAUCAAUAUCCUAUUAAUUGCUGGAAACUAGUGCUCAUAUCUCUAUCAUUUAUUGAACAGGAAGAUGCUUUUAAACAGUUACCAUUUUAUUUUUCAUGGGGUCAUUUCUGUGGCUUUAAGCACAUGCAAUUCUUGCAGUCAGUUUAGGCACGUUAAAAAUAUCUUGCAUUACAAUUUAUGAAUUUGUUUAUCUUGAAUAUGUUUUAAUCUUUCAUGUUUUGUUGGAAAAAGAAAAAUACUACCCCUUAGCCAGCAUAUUUGGCAGGGUGCUUUGGUCAUCCUCUCUCUUCUUGGAAUGGAAUCGACUGGAUUCCUGCUGUGGAUUGCUCCUUGAUCCAUCCUCUCGGGUGCCAUUGCAGAAUGCCUGUCUCUUCAGCACAUUGUGCGCGCCAUCUCAUGGUAACUCGUUCUGGAGAUGCUGACUGACUAUGGCCUGCAGGUGAGCAUUGUUCACUUGGCUGGGUUUGCAGGUCUGCCUUUUGCCUCCAAGAUCCUAUCCCUGUGUGACGAAAAGGAUGGGAGGGGAGGGUUUUGGCAAUGGUAUCAAAGUUUGUUCUUGGCUUUAAGCGUGAGCAUACCAGGCCAUUGCAGCAAAUAAUCCCAGACAUUCCACUCAAUUCUUAAAAAGGAAAGAAUCUUUUUCCCUACUUUCUCUCUAUCUUUUUCAUCAGUGCUUAUUGGUCAACCUUGAGCAUCAUAAGAUGAAUGAAGAAAGUAUCAUUUUGCUGCUCACUUAACAGAAUUUUUGAUCAGGAGCUGAAAUGAGAAGGAAAAAGCUCCCACCCAAAAUUUCACUUUACCUAUUUGAGGGGCUAGUGGUGAAGGUUGAUGUCCCUUCACUCUUCUUGCUUUCAGGCGAGCCAAGGGUAAUGGGGGAAUAGAAAAGGAGAUAAAACUAAAUGAACAUUGGCUGAUUUGCAUUGCCUUUCGGUCAUGGUUGUGAAAGUUUUUUUUAUUUUUGCGCAAAUUUGUCUGUCCCUAUCAGCAGACUUUAGUGUCCAGCCUGAGCACAGUGAAUGUCUUUCCAAAACUGUUAACAGGGUGUAGAAAUGUUUGUCACUCAUUUUUACCAUUGUGUUGGCCUAAUUGCUGUCUGAUCUUUCUAAUGCUGUAUAAAGCUGGUAUUUAUACCUGUAAAGUGGGAUGUUUUGUCUGCAGGCAGGCAGAAUACAGGGUCUUCCACUUGUUAUUUACUGAGGUACGAUGUCAAUCAAUGAAUAAUUCCUGAACUAAUUAUUGAAAUCCAUUUUCUAUUCCCUUAACAUCUGCAAUAUUUUGAGACGUGAAUUGCUUUAUAAACCAGUGAGAUUCAUUAAAGUUACCAAAAUCAAAUCUGCCCACUUUGUCAACUGAGAUUUGUGGUGUACAGACCAAAACGAAUAAUCAUUCAGGACUUGAAAAUGGAAGUGGAUGUUUAAAAAAAAAUAACCCUUAACAUUGGUGAAAAGCAGACAUUCACUGUUAUUUCUUGACUGUUUGCCAGUUUUUGACAGGAGAAAAAUUCUCCCUCACUGAAGAUUGACUUUCUUUGUGGAUGGUAUCUAAGAUCAUUGACUGAGUUUGAAUGAUGGAAAUCCAUUUGAUUUAAUCCUUUCACAAAUGAUCAAGGCUAUUAGUUACCUGAACUGAAUCAGUCUUCCAAUGGGUUAAACUGAAUGCAACUAGUGAGCACCCUCAGAAUACAGAAAAUUUACCACCUCCUCUUUUAAAUGUGCACUGACUCUACCAUUUAGCAGUCAUUGAUCUGGGUUUGCUUUCUCCCUCCCAAGAAAUCUAAUGGGGUAAAUAGUAGUCGGGGUUGUACAAAGCCAGCAGAACCAAGUUAGCAGUGAAUUUUACAGAUCGCUCAAUUUUAUUUUUAUUUUCCCCCUGCCAUUGACAUUGGUCACAACCUCUUUAGUUCUUCAAUAGAGAUAGUAGGAACUGCAGAUGCUGGAGAAUCUGAGAUAACGAGGUGUAGAGCUGGAUGAACACAGCAGGUCAAGCAGCAUCAGAGAACGUAGAACAUUGAACAUUACAGCACAGUACGGGCCCUUUGGUCCUCGAUGGUUUCACAGGUCGGUGCAACAAUCUGAAGCCCAUCUCACCUACGCUAUAGAGCAGGAAGGCUGACGUUUCAGGCCUAGACCCUUCUUCAGAAAAUAGGCCUGAAACAUCAGCUUUCCUGUUGCUCUGACGCUGCUUGGCCUGCUGUGUUCUUCAAUAGUUUGAUCUUCAAUAUCCAUUCUUUAAGAUGAUUUCCGUUGAUAUCAUUGCAUACUUGCCCCUACUAUUGACAAAAGUUAAUGACUUUCCUGUUAAUGAGAAUAAUAAUAAUAACUUAGCUGGAUCUAAGACUUCUGAUCAGGUGACCAUGACACAGAACUACUUAAAAUGAAGCUGUAUACACUACCAAAGAAGAAAAAUUUGUCUAAACUUUAGGCUGCUUUAACAUCCUGGCCAAAUAGGAUGUCUUUUUUUUUAAAGUCCUGCUUUUCCUAGUCUACAAAGAUAUUAGGAUUUGUUUUGUUGCCCUUCUCCACAAAAGCCAUUAGCAAUCUACCCCCUCCAACCAGAGCGCUUGUAAUGUUAGAGAUUGGGGAAGAUAUAAGCUUUCGCCAUUGAGACACUUAUCAAAUUUAUAUGGAAAGCAGAUUUGGUUUUGGACACGUUUUUCAAUGCUACAUUUCCCACAAUAAUGUCUUUGCAGGGAAGUAUUUAAAUGACUUGUUUCUGUGCCUUGCUCACUGCAGUAGUUAGAAAUCUUUUCUUUAGGCUUAAUGUCAGAUUCAGUGGAUUUGCUGUGAAAAUUCAGUCAAAUAUGACAUGCAAAGAACCUGUUGGUUCACCACUCCAAUAAACUGAGUAAUCUUUGCACUGCAGAAGUCUUCCCUGUGCGCGUUAUUUUUGAAAGAAACAAAUAGCGAUACACACAGGUCCCCCAGAUCUUUCUGACCUCUGCCCACAGACCUACCCACACCCACUAAUGACAACAGGCUAAAACAGUGGGUCUCUAACAUUACAAACUAUAUUUCUCAAUUAUAAAAUAUUAGCUUUCAAAAGUGACCAUUCUAUGGUCCCAGCAGGACUGGGAUCACUAUCAUUUCACUGUAUUACCAACCUUAUCAACUCAUACUUGUUACCUUAAUAUUAUAUAUGCGGGGACUGGGGUGAUAAAGCUUUGAUUUUCUAACAUCACUGGGACGAAGAGUUACCCUGCAACGAGAUUUCCUGUCACAGUUGCAAAGAAGAGUAACUUUUGUUUGAUUUUCUGGUCAGGGACUUCAUUGUAUGGGACAGCGAGUUACAGAAUGGAAUUUGAUGAUCAAUUUCCCUGAUUCAGGGAACUCCUAGUUUUCCAGCGAGGAGAUUCAAAUUGUGUUUCCCUUUAUGGAAGCAGUCUUUUUUUUCCAGCAAUUUACAUUUACUUUUUUUAUCUUCAUGCAAGAAAACAGUGAAUGUGUAAGAAACAUUGGACUCUGUGAAAUCGGAUCUUCUACAGAUUCUGCACAGUGUCAUAAAUUAAUAAACUGGAGUAUAAUUUAUGUGAUGGACAGGUUUUGUUAACUCAGUCAGCAUAGCUCCUGCACUCUAAUCAAUCUCCAGAGUGACCAUAUCACUGAAAAAAAAAACUGCUUGCUAUAAGGAGCAUUUUCAAGAAGCCACUACCUCCCCCACACACGCUUUCUGAACGGGGAUCAAUAAUAGUGACUGAGGGGCAGUUCUGCUUAGAGGCAAGUAUUCAGUUAUCACUGCUGUGCCGUAAACCGCUGACCCCCCCCACCCCAGACAAUGAUGUGAAGGUAGGUGUCAGUGUCGGACAAAAGUCACAUGAUACUGGAUUAUGGCCCAAGUUUAUUUGAAAGCAUAAGCUUUUGGAGCACUGCUCCUUCGUCAGGUAUCAAAGGAGCAAUGUUUAAAAAGCUUGUGCUUUCAAAUAAACCUGUUGGACCAUAACCUGGUGUCGUGUGAUUUCUGACUUUAUCACGAAGAAUUUCAAAAAACAUCAUCACGGUUUUCCUGUUGCAUUUCUCUUGGUUUUCCAAACCCAUUUGUACAGGUGGCGGUGUAAAUCAGACACUUGCUGUUUGCAGUAAUCUCUGCUUUUUUUUUAAAAAGCAAGUACAGAAUCACUAGAAUAUACUUUUGACUGGCAUUUUUACCAAGUUCACUGAUGCAGUAUGUUGAGUCUCAAGAAUGUGAUAACUGGACUGAUCCAGGCAUGGAAACAACUAGUAGAGCUUAUUUUGAAAUGUUUUAAGCAAGUCUGGAGUUUAUGGCAAAGAGAUGUAAUUCACUCUGUCUAACUUAUGAAUUUUGGAAAAUCUUUGUAUAGUUUGGUAAACGAUGAUUGAUUGCAAAUCUUCAUUUGAGCAUUAUCUGACAAGAUGUUUAAUAACUUAUUGAAACCAUGUACUUGGCACCUUCAAAAAAAA